AUGGCGCGCAUUAUUGACGACCUCCUAGCCCUUGUGGCAGCGACACCACUCCCAGCCAUCGAAGAAGGGGAACUCAGUACCCCAAAUGACACCGCGCCUUAUGUUCGCCCAAAAACUCGUUCGCAAACCCGCGCCCCCCGACCAUCGCUGAAGAUCCGCCUCCCUGUCCCCGCGGCCCAUGUUGUCAAAAAGUCCCAUAGCAAAAAGCGUAAACCCAACUUCACCAUCUUCACCGACGAUGAUACAACAAGCGACGUCUCGUCAGCCAUAUCCACCCCCAAGAGAUCAAGAACAAGUACACCGCGUACUCCCCUGAGCGAGCGAAUCUACUCCACAAACUCCACGCCCGCACCAUCCCCCCGCCACCCUUCAACCCCCUUCUCGCUCUCCCCUUUGGACCCCUACUGGGAGAACCUCGAAAACUACGCUCCAUUCACCGUACCCGCUACUCCUCCCACAACACCACCUACCGUCUCCCAUCCAUCCCGCCUCCCCCCACCACCCAACACCCUCCUCUACACCCUCCUCGGCCUCACCUCCUGGCGCGCCACCCCCUCCACAAUCAAAAAAUCCUACCGCCGAAUGGCGCGUACACUGCACCCCGACAAGGCGUCGUCAGAGGAAGAAAGGGUGAAAGCGAAUGCGGCAAUGCAGCGACUCAAUGCUGCAAGGGAUGUGUUGGUGGAUGCGGAGAAGAGGGAGGAGUAUCAUAGGACGGGGGUUGUGGAUUGGGUUGGUUGA